UCUGAGCGCGCCCCCAUGGAGGCGCCCGGGCUGGCCAAGGCGGCCGCGGCGGACGCCGACGCCCGAGAGAGCUCGGGGGAGACCCCCGACGGCGCGCCCGCGCACUUCCCCGGCCCCGGGGCGCCCUCGCCGGAGCCGCCCGCCUACCGCCCGCAGGACUUCGACACGCUGGCCACCGUGGGUACGGGGACGUUCGGCCGCGUGCAGCUGGUCCGCGAGAAGCAGAGUACACGUUUCUUCGCGCUGAAGGUGAUGAGCAUCCCGGACGUCAUCCGCCUGAAGCAGGAACAGCACGUGCACAACGAGAAGUCCGUGCUGAAGGAAGUCAGCCACCCGUUCCUGGUCAAGCUGUUCUGGACGGGGCACGAUGACCGCUUCCUGUACAUGCUGAUGGAGUUCGUGCCGGGUGGUGAGCUCUUCAGCUACCUGCGCAACCAGGGCCGCUUCUCCAGCUCCACCGGGCUCUUCUACGCUGCGGAGAUCGUCUGUGCCAUUGAGUACCUGCACUCCAAGGAGAUCGUCUACAGGGACCUCAAGCCGGAGAACAUCCUGCUGGAUAGAGACGGUCACAUCAAGCUCACUGACUUCGGGUUCGCCAAGAAACUGGUGGACAAGACGUGGACCCUUUGCGGGACCCCCGAGUACCUGGCCCCCGAAGUCAUCCAGAGCAAGGGCCACGGGAGAGCCGUGGACUGGUGGGCGCUCGGCAUCCUCAUAUUCGAGAUGCUCUCGGGGUUUCCUCCGUUUUUUGAUGACAAUGCAUUUGGCAUUUACCAAAAAAUUCUUGCAGGCAAGAUCGAUUUCCCCAGGCAUUUGGACUUCAGUGUCAAAGACCUCAUUAAGAAAUUGCUUGUUGUCGACAGAACCAGGAGAUUGGGAAACAUGAAGAAUGGAGCAGAGGAUGUGAAACGGCAUCGGUGGUUCCGGACCAUGGACUGGGAGACUGUCCCAGAAAGGAAACUGAAGCCUCCCAUCGUGCCCAAAGUGUGCAGCGAGGGCGACACCUCCAACUUCGAAGCUUAUCCCGAGAACGACUGGAACAUGGCCCCUCCGGUGUCACAGAAAGAUCUGGAAGUCUUCAAGAAUUUCUGAGCAUGGGCUCCCCACCUGGAAGAAACAGGGUGAUUUGAGCCUGCCUGGGACAGAUGGCUGCCCCCAGGCGGACCUGAAGAAGCACCUUCUUAAUGGGAGAAGGACUGUUCCACAUUUAUGUACACCCGGAUGUGUAUAAAGAGAUGGCCGAGCCAUUGACAGUUGUGGACCUAGAAUUAUUUAAGCAACUGGAAAUCGACUGCACAGUAGGACGUUUUGAAAAAUUGUUUGGUUGUAGAUUUUAUCUUUUUAGGCUUGUGUUCCUACUGGGAUAUCCUGGGGUUUUUUUUCUCAUCGACUUUAUAAGUUUGAGCUGAACUUGUUCAGAUACAACCACAAAUUGCGUGUGUGUGCCUGUGCGUGUGUCUGUGUGUGUAUAAAAAGGACGGUGCGCCUGGAUCAGGGAAAUUGUGCAGUGAAGUAAAUGUUCCUACUUUCCAGAGCCUAUGGUGUUUUAUGUUUCCGGUUUUUUUCCAAGCAUCUAUUCUCUUGGGGACAAAUUUUGAAAGUAUGAUAUGUGCAUUUUUUACCAUCUUACGUGCAUUUUAUGGUUAUAUGUGAAGAAAGUAUCAUACGACGGUCUACAUCCAAUAUCUUCAACGCUUUGUGUCUGGUAGCCUUGGGUCAUGAAUCCAGGGCGACAGGGAAGGAGAUGUGGCUUUGGACUUUAGUGCAAGGCUAGCCAUUGGCCAUGACGGUUAUUCAAGGAAUUUUCUCUAUUGCAUUAAAAAAUCUCAUACUCUGUAGGGGGAUGGCUAUCUAUUAAUAUUCCAGGUUAAAUCUGUGGACCAAACGGCAUCUCCCAAAGCAAACUCGUAGCUUUCUGUAUUGGCUCAAUGAAGUUAUGCAAAUGUUUUCUUUUCCCUUUGGUUUUAGGAACAGUAAGAAACAAAACGGGUACGAUGGAAGUGUUUGAACCUCCCUCGUUUCUGCUUAGUUUUGCUUCUUCUUGUCAAUGUUCAGUCCAUCUGGUGUCAUAGACCUGGUUGGCUUGUGCAGCAUAACCGUUGGGUGAGAUUCGUUUCUCUUUGGACGUGAUGGUGAGGGUCCCCUGAGGAGUGCUCUGCUGUGCCGUCCCCUUAGCACUGAUCUUGAAAGCCACGUGCUGAGUGGGUCGCCAUGAGUGUGUUGCUGUGUAAAUAGGGGUCUUCCCAGAAGCAGUGCCUGGGCGGAGGGCCUUGGUGUCUGUCUGGUCCCUCGUGCGUUUCCUCCUCUCCUCUCUGCUUCUGCUUUCUGAUUCCAGACUUUGCUGUGAAAAUCUAAUGGCGCCGCCCAUACUCUGUUGGCUGUGAGUCAGCUGAAAACACAGCAUUGCUCAAACCUGUUACGUAUCCGAUCUUAGGGCCCAACCACGGCCUUCUCCGUGGAGGUCUGUGCGUUUAAGAAGUAGGUUCCAGAGCCUUCAGUGGCGGCAGGGAUGCACCCGAUAGAUCUCCGAGAUCGCCUCUCCUGCAUCCUCCCUUUUCCUGCCAAGAAAGGUCCAGCUCCUUGGGCAGCCGGCAUGGGGCAGAGUAUGUCCCACAGGUGUGUUGGUGUCAAGCGUUGGGCGCCCCCUGAACUCUCAGCCCCCUCCCCGGCCUCUGCAGCUCAUGUGUUCUUGGGUUACCGGGCAGGUUCUUUGCCAUCAACACUGUUUUUCCUGGGCUGGGCCAGGAAGGCUUUUCUUCCUAUAGCCCCUUCCUACCUCUAUCUCUUCUGCAGGCACAUCUGGGGGUGUGGAGAGCUGCCAUUUGCAAAAAAAUCAUACAUUUUUUUUACCGCAGCAAAAAAUGUCCAAGGAGAUGCAGUCACCUCUCACAUUUGGCCAGUUUCCACUCACGAAUCCAAAGACGAGGGCUGUGUGUGUUUGAAGGUGACAUGAAGGCAGCUUACACCUAUAAGAGCUUUAAAUUGAAGACACUAAAUCACCCCCUUCUCAUAAAUGACCUCGUCUUCAAAAACCAACUCCAUAGGUGAGAGUGAGUCCAAAAUUUAGUAAAAGAAACCCGUUACAAUGAGUAGCUCAAUAAAAAUUUAUUUUCCGAGGGUGCGCUUGGAUAAAUGUUCCCACAGAACUGUGUUUUCAGUCUGUACUUUUCGGGCGCCGUGCUCUUUGGAUGAAGCCAUGGGCCAACAGGGGCUAAAAUUUUACCAUGUAAUUUCUGCACUGUUUCAUCGUUGAACGUCAGAAGGUUAAAUGAGCAAAGCAAACCUGCACGGAGGUGUAGACACACGAGGAAAAACAUGUCCUGUGUCUUCUGACUAUAAAGAUAAACAAUUAGGGCUUCCCUGGUGGCGCAGUGGUUGAGAGUCCGCCUGCCGAUGCAGUGGACGCGGGUUCGUGCCCCGGUCUGGGAAGAUCCCACACGCCGCGGCGCGGCUGGGCCCGUGAGCCAUGGCCGCUGAGCCUGCGCGUCUGGAGCCUGUGCUCCGCAACGGGAGAGGCCGCAACAGUGAGAGGCCCGCGUGCCGCAAAAAAAAAAAAAAAAUUAUUAUUUGGAGGUUUAUGCUUAAAAAAAUACAAAAUAAAUGAAACACCUUUCUUGAACACAAUGCAAAAUUGUACACACACACGAUCCCUAUGCGUGUUUUUUUGGGUUCGCGCUUCCUGUCCAGGAUUUAAUUUAUGAGAUGAAAAGAGUCCAAGAAUGCAUGAACACACACUGCCUUAAUUUUGAACAAAUAUGCAGGGAAGACAAAAGUUCAAAUGCAUUGAUGACUUGGUUCUUUAAAAACGUUGUCAUUGACCGUCAGCCACGCAAAACAUUGAAAGUGAAGAGGAAUUCCAAGAGUACCACAUGGUGUUUGUCUCACCUUCCAGACCCUCGGGCCCAUUUAAUUACACAAAGCGUUACCUGCCGGUGACCAGGGCAUAAAUUACAUGGUUUGACGUAAUGCAAAGAUGGGUGUGAUCAAAGUGAGUCUUAAGCACAUGGCAUGCUCUCCGUGUAUAACCGAAAAAUUGUUCCCUCCCUGGAGGCCUUCUGCCGCGUUCACAUAUCGGAUCAAAAAUAAUCAGGGUGCAAAGUUUUGGAGAAAAUUCACAUCCAUCAGCACAACAUUCAGAGCCGGAAAAGGACAGAUUGAUUUUUGUUUUCUGCAAUUUUGACAAGUUGGUAAAUGACAAUGCUAUUUAAAAAGUCUUUAGGACACACAUGUAUUGCAAGAGGUGGAUUGAGGCGGGUCUUGUUUUCCUAAGGGGAUUGUCGCCAGCCUGCUUUGAUAGGCAUCUGUAAAGCUGAGAAGGAGAUGAAAUCACAGCUGACCAUACGGCAUAAUGUUCAUGGUCACAGAAGUUGGAAUCCCCCUCAGCAGAAAUGUAUCGUGUGCCAGCAAUGGAAAAAUCGUGAUUUAUGCUCUCCACAUGUCAAAAUACGCAAAAGAAACUCCAGUCACCAGGUAACAGGUGUCCAUGUCACACCAUCACGAUGCUUUAAAACACCACCUCCUGUUGUGCUCCUGGGGCAGCUGCACCAUCAGCUGUUUAUAAAGGUCUCGUGCAGUGUUUUGUUUCCUUCUGUCCGUCUGUAUGUCGGGACUCCCCUGCUGCCAGCCACAGCGUCACCAGUAGCGCUGAGCAGUUGGGUGAUGUGACACACAUUUGCCCUGUCUACGUACAACCUAAGUUGCCUCUCAGUUCGGAACCACUUGAACUGUGAAAUACAGCUCCAUCCUGUUCCCGCGAGACCCCGACGCACCGCCCCGUAGGCACCGAGGGCCGCCCACCCAGGGGAACGCUGCAGGCUGCAGCAGGUCCCAUCAGAACAUCAAAUUCCUCACGUUAGCUGCAGGUGCAGGAAAGAUUGGAUUUUUUUUUUUCCAGCCCUUUGAUUUUGCAUCGCGAAAUUUACACCAUCACAGGAGCCCUUGAUGGCUCCCAAUUAAGAUUUGAAGGGACACAUGCCUGCAUUAUUCUUUCUCCAGGGGUCCGUCUCCCUGGCGUGUAUUUUACACCUGUUGGGCACAUCCUACGUACUGUAUGUACCCUCUAGCCCUGUUUCUAAUUAGUUCCACUUCCCUGGAUGUUGUUGAGUUACCAAAAACAAAGAGAAAAACACAUGCACAGUUGUCUUAAGAUGUUUGAGUAGUUGUGUGUGUGUGUGUGUGUCUGUCUGUCUUGUUGGAGGUGGAAUGGGGGGGGAUGCUUUCACCAAGCAUAAUGUUUUCAUAUCAAGCUUGUUUUUGCAGACCCUGUGGGGUUGCAUCCAAGGAGCAGUGCUUCAUAAUCAAAAGGAGAUACUCUGUAUCGGUUUCCUCUAAAUUAUUGUGUCUUAAGAUGUCCUGUUGAUCUUCCAUGGUGGACUUCUGUUAUUUAAGUACAAGUCAUUACAUGUUUGUUUUUGCAACGGGGAUGUGAAGCCUUUCUGCUCGCAGGCCGUCUUUCCUGGUUCCCUGAGAUGCUUUUCCAGCUCUGCAGGGCCGUCAGAGCUUCCUUCUUUCUUGCGGGAUGAAGUUCCUGGGCCAGCGUGGCAUGUCCCCAGUGAGUCACACUGGGAGCCCCGCCGGGUCAUCCCAGCUUCUCAUGUGGAUUAAAAAACCCUGUCAAUUCCUUGCACAAUGAAAAUCACUGUGAUUUGUAUAUAUACCCUAGGAAAAUUUUACUGCUGUCUAAUUUAUGGAAUAAUACUAUUGAUUCCAGGUUUGUUUAAUAAAACUUUGUAUCUUUUAAGGUAAA